AUGAGCGAAUGUAACAGAGUCAAAAGUGAAGGUAUAUCCUUCCUAGCAACCAAAUGCACUUCUUUACAUACAUUAUUAUUGGCUUAUCAAGCUGGUGUGACAAAUGAGGCUAUACAGUUGUUUAUUAGUAACUGUCACUAUCUUAAACACGUGGAUGUUUCUGGCUGUCGACUUCUGACCGAUCAGGCGUUCUUUCCUCUUCUUGAUGGUGUCGUCGAUGAUGACCUUGUGCCUAUUAUUCUUGAAACACUCAAUGUGAGUGGUUUAGAUCUACUGUCUGCGCAUUCCAUACAUCAACUUUUGACAAGACUCCCUCGUUUACAAGAAUUAAGCCUGGGAGUCACAUAUGAUCUGGACGAAGCAGACCGUAUUCUAGAUGCAAUUAAUUCGGAUGAACUCAGAUUUUUCAUAGACGUUGAAAAAUAUUAUACCAUCUGCAGAAUGCCAGUGGCUACCACUUUACUUUCUUCUUACUCAUCAAAAAGAUUAUUAAUGAUACCAGAACAAAAUGAUACAACCAUUUCUUUACCCUCAACUUCAACAUGGACUUUACCUCCGUUUACAUUCCAAUUAGAUUAA